AUUCUUUCUCCGACUCCGCUCCAAUGCCGUUGCCUCUCUCCUCCCCCUCCCCCUCCCCCUCAUAAGCGCGUGCGAGCCUCGCCUCGCCCUCGCCUCCGCGACCCAAACCCUAGCCUCCCAGCCCCAUCGGAAUCCGCCAGCUCGAGCCGGAUUCGCCUCCCCACCCACCCACACCGGCGGGGCAGCGGGGAUCCGGCGGCGGGGAGCGAGCUGCGCGUUUUUUUUUCCUCCGGGGCAUGGUCGUCGCCGCCGCCGCCUGAUCGGCUCACCUUGUCCGCACCGACGAGCCGACGAUGGGGAUGUCGGGGGCCACCAAUGGCUGCGGCGCCGGCGAGUACAUCAGGAUCCCGGAGGACGUGGAGGCCGGGUUGGGGAAGGAGGCGGGGAAGGGGGAGGGGGAGGGGGAGUGCCCCGCCGUGCUGCGGUGGCGCGCGAUCCGGUGGUGGGCGCAGGUCGCCGCCCUCGGGAUCCUCCUCGCCGGUGCGGCCGCCGCCGCCGUCGUCUUCCUCGGACCCCUCGUCAUUAAAAAGGUGAUUGCUCCGGUUAUUGAAUGGGAGUCAAGAACUUUCAGCAGGCCAGUCAUUGCUCUGAUAUGUUUCGGCGCAAUCGCUUUUUUCCCAAGUGUGUUGCUACCUUCUUCUCCUUUUAUGUGGAUGGCGGGGAUGUCCUUUGGAUAUUUCUAUGGCUUUUUGAUAAUUACAGCAGCAAUGAGCAUAGGCAUGUCGUUGCCAUUCUUUAUAGGGUCCGCAUUCCAUUCUAAAAUACACAGGUGGUUGGAGAAGUGGCCGAAGAAAGCAGCUUUUGUUAGACUUGCUGGUGAAGGGGAUUGGUUCCAUCAAUUUAGAGCAGUUGCCUUACUUAGGAUCUCUCCAUUUCCAUAUCUAGUUUUUAACUAUGCCUCUGUGGCUACAAAUGUCAAGUAUGGGCCAUAUAUUGCUGGUUCAAUGGCUGGAACGGUACAUGAAACCUUCCUUGCAAUAUACAGUGGGAAACUUCUCCAAAGCCUAGCCGUAGCUACUACCCAAGGUUCAUUCUUGUCGGUAGAUCAGAUAAUUUACAACGGCCUUGGCUUCUCAGUUGCUGCAGUUUCUACCGCUGCAAUAACUAUUUAUGCGAAGAAAGCACUUCAAAAACUCCAAGCAGAUGAUGAGCUGUGUUGACUCUUGAUGAGCACAGGAGAUCCUACUCCGGAUCAGACCUUGGUGCUAGUUUUUCCUUAAAAUGUACUAUAUAUAUACAGAGGUGCUACUAAUCUGGUUUCUAGUGUCUGCUACCUGACUACAUUUGAUCUGAGAGAGGGUACUGCAACAACUGUAAAGAGAAAAUAGAGAACCAGAAAAACACUCCCCCUUUUUUUUUUCUCUUUUUGUUUUUGUUUUUAACUUGUAGAGAAAGUGCUGCCACAACUAUCAAUUUCAUCAAUGUAUUGAACCGUGGUCUGUGGUGCAAUGUAAAUUCGUAAUCUGCUGCUUUCUCGAGUGGAAACAUCUGUUACUGUUUCUUGAUUGUGAUCCUAAUUAGAACAUAAAUGUUUGUAGAUAACGCUGCUACAACUAUCAACUUCCAUCAAUUUAUUGAA